UCAACCUUUCAAAAGUUGUUGAAGUUCAUUUGAGCCGAUUUCCCCGAGAAUCCGUUCUGAAACUCCUCUCCGUUCUGUUUCUUAGAAUUUCGCUUCCUCUCUUCGUUGCAUCUGAAUCUUUGAUUCUUCCAUAAAAUUUCUAGGGCACGAUUUCAGAAAUGUUUCUUACAACUUUGGCUGCAGAUGAAUGUGAUUUAGGGUUGCUGCGCCGGCGAGAAGAGGACAUGUUGCUCUCCUGAGAGGGCGAGUAGAGCUGGACGGAUAGAUUUGGAAUUUGGAUUUAGAAGAACAAGGAAUUCUGGGACAAUCUCCUCGGUGAACCGGCGAGAUUUUUCCUCCGAUGUUCAAUGUCCAACUCAACUUCAUCACCAUUUUCGAAGAGCCUCUGAGUCCUCUUCUUGAUGAUCUUUGACAACAUUAUUCAUCUUAUGUGAUGGUAAGCUCUGAAGAUCAAUGCAUUAGUCUCUGUUUUUCUUCAUGUCAUAUCUCUCUUGUCAUUGAUUCUUAGUUCUUCUUUAGUCUCGUUUUUUAUGGUACCCAAAUUCACUGGCUUCGUGCACCACUUUCUUGCCUCCGAUAUGCGACCACAAGUUCACUCCAUUCCCGUACAAGUUCUUUCCAAUCGCAUCUUCUCGCAUUUCUUCACCAUUUCUUCUAUUCUAACCCAUUCAACUCGAUCAAAUCUGAAUAAUUAUCCACUCUGUGGCUGUCCUCAUGAAGCAAUCAUCAGCGCUCAUGUUCAAUCUCAAUUACCAGAACAAUCCCUGAACCAUUUCAAACUAAUGGUCCUUAAAGGCCUUUGUCCGAGUUCAAACUCUUUCAAUAAUGUAUUGGGUUUACUUACUAAGUCAGGGGAUUUAAACAAAGCUUGGUGUUUUUUCAAUGAAUUUCUGGGGAGGACUCACUUUGAUGUAUAUAGUUUUGGGAUAAUGAUUAAAGCCUUUUGUGAAGGUGGCAAUGUAAGUAAAGGUUUUGAGCUUUUGGCUCAAAUGGAGAGGAUGGGUUUGUCUCCCAAUGUUGUUAUAUACACUAUUUUGAUUGAUGCCUGCUGCAAAAAUGGUGACAUUGAGCAGGCUAAAGUAUUGUUUUCGAAGAUGGGUGACCUUGGUUUGGUUGCUAACCAAUAUACUUACACUGUGAUGAUCAAUGGGUUGUUCAAGAAAGGAUGUAAGAAGGAUGGAUUUGAGCUUUAUGAGAAGAUGAAUCUUAUUGGGGUGUUUCCUAGUGUAUAUACUUAUAACAGUCUUAUUAACGAGUAUUGCAGGGAUGGGACAUUGUGUCUCGCAUUUAAGUUGUUCGAUGAAAUGCGUACAAGAGGAGUAUCGUGUAAUGUAGUCACUUACAAUAUUCUGAUUGGUGGAUUAUGUCGUAACAGACAAGUUCUGAAAGCAGAAUGGUUGUUAGAGCAAAUGAAACUAGCUCAUAUAAAUCCAUCUACUAUAACAUUUAACUUGUUGAUGGAUGGGUUCUGUAACGUUGGAAAGUUUGAUAAGGCCUUAAGUUAUUUUGAUGAGUUGAAGUUGAUUGGUCUGUCUCCAACUUCAGUGACCUACAACAUUUUGAUUGCAGGUUUCUCAAAAGCAGGAAAUUCUGCUGUAGUUUGUGAGUUAGUGAGAGAGAUGGAGGACAGAGGCAUUUCUCCCUCCAAAGUAACAUACACGAUUCUGAUGGACGCCUUUGUUCGAUCAGACGAUGUGGGGAAAGCCUCUCAGAUGUUUCAUCUCAUGAAGAAAGUCGGUUCAGUCCCGGAUCAGUAUACAUAUGGUGUUCUAAUGCAUGGUUUGUGUAUGAAAGGUAACAUGGUAGAGGCAUCAAAGCUGUAUAAAUCAAUGAUUGAGACGCAUCUACAACCUAAUGAUGUUAUCUAUAAUACAAUGAUAAAUGGGUACUGCAAGGAGUGCAACUCUUACAAGGCCUUGAAGUUUCUUCAAGAAAUGGUCAGGAAAGGAAUGACUCCAAGUCAGGCUAGUUAUAGUUCUACCAUUGAAGUCCUCUGCAAGGACGGGAAGUCGACCGAGGCGAAGGAGUUACUUAAAGAGAUGAUCGAGAACGGUUUGGACCCAUCGGAAUCUCUCUGUCGUAGGGUUGGUUAUGCCUAAUCUUGUGCAUAAAAAUAAGGGAGCUUUCAGUGAGACAAGGGAUAUGGAAGGUUGCAUUUCUGUUAUAAGAAAACUGUGGCUGUCUUGAACUUGGAAGCUAAAUUUUGCCAAUUGCCGAGGGGAGGUAUGAGGAGCUCAUUUUCCUUCAUUAUAUCCUGUGACUACAAAAAUUGGUACAUAGGCAAUUAGUCAGUAUUGAAAGUUAAAGUGUCAUCAUAAAUUAUAGGUUAUAUAUAAUAUAAUUUUUGGGUCAAUUUUAUUAUUUG